AUGGCCCGCCCACGAGGCGCGCGCGCGCCCUCGCCGCUGCUGCUGCUCUUCCUCGCCACUCUGCUGCCUCUGCUCGCCGCGCCGACCGCGUCGGUGGUGGUGAGCGCCGCUGCUGCGUGGAGUGGCGGCGGUGAUGAUCCCAUGGGCAGCGACCCGUCUCCUGCGGCGUGGACCACCGGAGGCGACACGAACGCUCUUGUGGGCGGCGAUGCGCGCAUGGCGCUGGAAGAGGGCGAGGGCGACGCGGCGGACGAGAUGGCGGACGGGUGGGCGCUGGGGGACGGCAGGUGGGGGGACGACGAGGCGCAGGGGGAGGCGGACGUCGAGGAGCGCGCGGAGGGCAGGAGCCUGGCGGAGGAGGAGAGCGCGGCAGAAGAGAUGGUGGGGGAGAUGGCGGAGGGUGAGGGGGAAGGGGAGGAGGAGGAGGAAGAGGGGCGCGUGCUGGCGGAGGGCGACUGGGUGGAUGAAAGCGAGGAGGGCGAUGAGGACGAGGAGAGCGAGGAGAGCGAGGAGAGCGAGGAGGGAAGGGUGCUUGCAGAGGGAGAGGAGGGUGAGGAGGGGAUUGACGGCGAGGAAGGCAGAGUGCUGGUAGAGGGCGGAGACGUGGAGGAUGAUGAGGAGGAGGAGGAGGAGGAGGAGGCGGCUGGUGGGAUGGAGGGCGCGGAAGAGGAGGAGGAGGAGGAGGAGGAUGUGGAAGGGAGGAUGUCCAGGGAGCUUCAGGAGGAGGAGAUGGAGAGCGAGGAGGACGAGGACGAGGAGGAGGAAGGGGUUGAGUUUUCACGCAAGCUGGCUGACGAGAAGGAAGAGAAGAAGACCGAAGAGAAGAAGGAGGAGAAGAAGGAGGAGAAGAAGAAGGAAGAGAAGAAGCCGGGGGUGCUGAAGAGGACGGCGAGUGCGAUCAAGAACUUCUUCAAGAACCUCGGUGAUCGCAUCACUGGCAAGAACAAGAAGCCCGACAACAGCCCCCGCAAGGCAGGCCCCUCCGAUGCCAAGGAUGCCAAGGCCUAG